CUUUAAAUGAUCUACACGAAAAGUGGAGAUUUAUAACGUUAUUCCGUCAUCAAUAUUAAUUGUAUUAUUGCAUUAUGCUUUUGAUUAAAAUGUACACACACACUUGACGACUUAUCUAUCAAUGUAAUCUAAAACUUAAUACCCGCACUUCAGAUAAUACUUACAGCACUUUUAAAAAGCCAGUGUUUCUUCUACUUCCGUAUUACACACAGGCUGUAAAAGAGACAUCAUGAGAUGUUAUUCCUAGUAUUUUUUAUUACUGCUUUUGUGGCAGUAAUAAGUGACGACUUGAUAGGAGUGUCUUAUUAUUUUGACGAUCAUUAUUCAAUUUUUUUUAGUGACAGACAAUGUGUGAAUACAACUCGAUGGAGUUUAGUGAGCUAUGAAUAUUUAAAGCUAGUGCCGCCUUACGAAGGAAGAUCUAAAGCAAUUCGUGCUCUUAGAAAUAGUUGCACUACAACAUUCCCUAUUUCAUUUCUGGAAGGAACCCUAGAAGUUACAGUUUACCUUCGAACAAUAUCGCAAUACAGUGGGAUAACUCUUUCUGUGUUCGAUGAACGAAACGAAGUUAUAACGUCGGUCAGGUAUCAGCGGUCGAACAAGAAUUUUGUGCCCGGCUGGGUCGAUGUUACGGUGCCUCUCAAAGCGCAUACAAUAGGAUACGUACAAAUAUCUGGAAAAAGUCUUAACAAUGAAUUAGUAAUCGUCGACUCCCUGCGAUACAUUCCUGGUAACUUAAAAUAUUUUCAAAGUGACACAAAAGAUCAAAGAGUCACAAGUGACCUAAUAAAAAAUACACCAUAUACAAUUAAGCAAGAAUUAAGUCGUUCUGAUGAAUUCAUUUUCGCAUUUGAUGAAAUAAAUACAGAUCGUUAUAUAGAUGAUAUAGAUGGGUCAGGAGACCCGCCUGAUACUGAAGGUCCAGACAUAGGGACCGAAGAUCCAGGUAUAGAUACUGGCACUGAAGAUCCAGGUAUAGAUACCGGCACUGAAGAACCAGAGGAAGACCGUGACAAUUCGGAAGACAGUAAUUUCUGGAAUGCCUUUACUAUCACAUUUGUGUCAGUAGGUGCAUUUACGGCAAUCGGGGUGGUAGGCGUAGGCGCGUAUUACUUAGGGAAAAGCAAGGGUGUAAGCCCCAACCUUCCACUUGAUUUAGAAACCCAGGAAGCUCCCAGUAUUAUUCCUCGAGCGAGAAGCGUUUUCCCAGAAGUGCCGUACGUUAGAUAUAAUAAUUUUAGUAGAUAUAACUAGUGUCAUAUAACAAUAAUCCUAGUAUCAAGACAUGCGGAAUGGUAUUUAUAAGGAUGAUAACAAAGCCAGAUAAAUGUAGCUAUAUUAUGAAAAUAGAUUUUUGGGUCGCUCACCUAUUUACCUAUACACUUGAAAAUGUUUUGUUAAAUGUCAACUAAUUGAUUUAAUUUAUUUUAUUUUAGUUAUUUAUACAAUACUUUUACGAACAGACACUGACAUGAGUAUGUUGUAAUUGUAAUUUUAUUUUUCAAUAAAGAUUUAGUACUUAACAAUCAAUUUAAGGCUCAUGUUUUAGUAGCUAUUUAUAUGCCUAUGUAGUUUAUUUUCAGGAAAAUUAUUAUUUAAUUUUCCUUGUGUCAGGGAAUACAUACAUUAAUUUAGAAUUAUUUAGAAUUAUUUUCAAAGGUGUAAUGCUCAUUUAAGAGUCCGCAGCAAGUUCGGUUCUCCAUACAAACGUCGUUACACUCUUAUUUUAAAACAACUAGCUAGAUUGCUCUGAAACUCGGUACUUACAAUAGGAUAAGGUAUAUUUAUGACUGUAAUUCGUUUAUGUAGCUUACAGUUAAUUUAUGUAAUACAGCAAAUUUAAGUUUUUAAUACAAAACUAUUUUUAUGCUCUUUUUGGUUUCUUUUAUAAGCUGGAGCUGUGUGAAUUAAUUACAAGCACAGAUAAACCUCAUGUCAUUAUAUGUGCAAAGUUUCAUUACAAUCUUACACGUUGUUUUAAAAUGAGAACGAAACUCCAUUUCUAUGAGAAGGUGAAAUUCGGUCGAGCUUGCUGCGGACUCUUAAUGUUCAAGUUUUAUAACAUAUAUAUUAAAAUACAUAUUUGUAACAAAUCGAAAAGGAUUACAAGGUAACCGGUGACUGCAGAGCUGGCAGCUUCCUCGCUCAAAGAAGUAGUCUUGCGAUACAGCGAGGAAAUGCUGCCAGCAUCUACGGCACCAUGCCGCAGGAGAAUAGUUUUUAGUAAGUGUUUUAUUUUAAAACUAGUAUUAUUUAUUUUUAGAUCUAGGUUUUAAGUUUUGUAAUUUAGUUAAUUGUUUCAUAUUUAUAUUUGUAACACAAUAAGAAAAAUACAACCCGAUUCCUUAAUUCCAUUAGCCUCUGGCAUAACCCCCAAAAUAUAGUAAAUCUAAUCAUUUAAGAAUCCAGUCUAUUGCGUGUCUAGACAUUAAAUACUAUUAUACUCGCUAACCGA